UAAAAUUUAUGCUAAGGUCGUUUCAAAAUUAAUCUCAGUUUGUUUUGAACCAGCUCUUCUUUUACUGAAGUAAUUAAAUAUAUAUAAAAAUGCUAAAACCUAGCAGUGAGUGUUUGCUUCUGGUUUUUGCUGUUUUGUUGAAAUUAUCAGAUGGGGUUCCUUUGCCUCAAGCAAUGCAUGGUCCAUUUCUUCCAGUAAACUAUGGUUAUCCAGCAGUCUAUGGUGGAAUGAAUUCCAACAGAUUCAAUACUGGUGUAGAUUAUGCAGCAGGAGAUUUUUAUCCACGAUAUGAUUCAGCUCCACCAAAAAUAGUUGGAGUUGUGGGACCUUUUGAAAAAACCGAGAAUGGAGGGGUGGCUCCUGUAUUGCCAAAACAAUUAAACACUCAACGUUGUUGGAUGCCUCCUUGUAUGAAGAGAACUUGGUACAAAUAAAAAGUUAUGGAGAUGGCUAUAAUGCAUUAUGUAAAAGAUGUAAAUAUUUUAAUUGAACUUGAACAUCAGAAUAAAUUGGAAAUUUAUUUUCA